AUGGGAAUGAAUUAUAAAACGCAAAUUUCCUUGUGGAGACCGACAAAUUUAUUGAAUAUGAACACUAUAGAGUACAGAAUGGUUUGAGGGUCUUGUUUUAUUUGAUGUUCAACCAGUUGAAAUGUGUAGUUGGUAUUUAUUGGGAGUUUUCCAACACCCACAAAGCCUAUUGCUGUCUAGAGUCUCAUUUCUUGUCUAUCUGCUCAAUUCUUCUCAUCCUUUGACAGUGUUUUUUAAUUGCAUUGGGAGGAUCAUAGAAUGGUGAUGGGUAUUAGUUUUUGACUGUAAAUUCGGGGAGAUGGAUGGUGUUGCUGUUUUCAUCCUCAACCUCAGUGUCCUGUUGUUGCUUAUGGAGUUUUCUUUGUCAUAUCCCCUUUGCACCACUUUACGAGUGCCAGUUCGUCAAGAGACUCCUCUUGCGUUCUGUCAAUACAAUGGAAGUGUUUGCUGUAAUUCUACUGACGAUCUACAACUGCAGAAUCAAUUAAAGGCAAUGAAUAUCUCUGAUCCUGGUUGUUCUUCUGUUAUGAAAUCUGUCCUUUGUUCGAAAUGUGACCAGUUUUCAGCUGAGCUAUACCACAUUGAAUCAGUACCACGAUCGGUUCCUGUUUUGUGUAAUUCCUCUGCUUCAGCCAACUCAACUGAGUCGCAACUUUCUACAACUCAGUUUUGUUCAAAAGUUUGGGAUGAAUGCCAUAAUAUAUCUAUUUCAAAUUCUCCUUUUGUGCUACGAGGUGAAGUUGGAGUAGUGAAUAAUUCUGUUUCCAAGCUGACUGAUUUUUGGCAAAAAAUUACUUUCUGUGAUGAAUUCGGCGGGGACUCAGAUGCUGGAUCAGUGUGUUUUGAUGGUGGACCAGUGUCACUGAAUCACUCUGAGAGUCCAAGUCCACCAACAGGUGUUUGCCUUGAGAAAAUUGGGAAUGGAUCCUACCUUGACAUGGUGGGCCAUCCUGAUGGUUCAGAUCGUGUCUUCUUAGCUAACCAGGCAGGAAAGAUUUGGUUGGUGACUGUUCCUACCCAGGGAUCUGGAGAAAUUUUAAAACUUGAUGAAUCAAAUCCUUUUCUCGAUUUAACGGACGAAGUACAUUUUGAUUCUGAGUUAGGAUUGAUGGGUAUAGCAUUUCAUCCCAGCUUUGAGCGAAAUGGUCGUUUCUUUGCUUCUUUUAACUGUGAUAAGGUCAAAUGGCCACAAUGUUCAGGAAGAUGUUCAUGCAACUCUGAGGUGGGAUGUGAUCCUUCAAAACUUAGUCCUGACAAUGGAGCACAGCCAUGUCAAUAUCACAGUGUCAUAGCAGAGUUUACGGCUAAUGGUAGCACAUCAAAUCCUUCUUUGGUAACUAUAGCCCAACAACUGGAGGUUAGAAGAAUUUUCACCAUGGGUCUUCCAUUUACUUCACAUCAUGGUGGUCAGAUUCUCUUUGGACCUAAAGAUGGUUAUUUAUAUUUUAUGAUGGGUGAUGGUGGAGGUAGUGGUGAUCCUUAUAAUUUCUCACAAAACAAGAAAUCCCUGCUUGGAAAGAUUUUGAGACUUGACGUAGAUGGCAUACCAAGUGCGAAGACAAUAAGCGACUUGGGUUUAUGGGGAAAUUAUUCGGUCCCUAGUGAUAAUCCAUUUGCUGAAGAUAAUGAAUUGCAGCCUGAGAUUUGGGCAUUAGGAUUCAGAAAUCCUUGGAGAUGCAGUUUUGAUUCAGAAAGACCUUCCUACUUUAUGUGUGCUGAUGUUGGUCAGAACGCAUAUGAAGAGGUUGAUAUUAUCACCAAGGGUGGUAACUAUGGUUGGCGUGUUUAUGAGGGCCCAUAUAGAUACCAUCCCCCAAAUUCUCCUGGGGGCAAUACAUCAGCCAGUUCCAUAGACCCAAUCUUCCCUGUAAUGGGGUACAACCACUCUGAUGUAAACAACUCUCAAGGAUCUGCUUCAAUUACAGGUGGCUAUUUCUAUCGGUCGUUAACCGAUCCGUGCUUGAAUGGACGGUAUCUUUAUUCAGAUUUAUAUGCUGAUACCAUCUGGGCGGGCACAGAAAUCCCAGAAAAUAGUGGCAACUUCACCGGUACUCGGGUUCCUGUGAGUUGCGCUCGCGACUCUCCUAUCCAGUGUGAUAUGGAAGGAGGAAAUUCCGCUCCCUCAUUGGGCUUCGUUUUCUCUUUAGGUCAAGAUAACAGGAAGGACGUCUACAUUUUAGCGAGCAGUGGAGUGUAUAGAAUUGUUGGUCCUAGUCGGUGCAACUACACUUGUUCAAAGGAAAAUGUUACUACUUCAACAACUACUCCAAGUUCUUCUCCUCCCCCUUUUCCCUCAACUGAAAAGUCUGAGGCAGCCAUUCAUAGUGUCGCUGCGCUUCACUUCUUCAUCGUUGCUUUCGCUAGGUUUGCCCUAUACUAUGUAGCAUAUGUUUAGUUCUCUAUCAUUCUAAAUAUUUUAAAGAUGUAAAUUUUAUUGAAUUCUCAUAAUUCAGUAAUUAAUAAAGUAAUGUAAUUUGGUAUUUAAGUCUUCAUCAUAUUCUGUACUCUGGUUUUGUAAUGAAAUUUAUUCAACCUGGUUGUCCAACUGGAUGAGCUAAUAA